AUGAGGUCUGUUUAUUCGAUAAAGUGGGCUCUCAUGAUUCUUACGGUGUGUGCUGCGCCACCAAAAAAAAUCCCUAGAACUUCAGAUGAAGAACCCCAUACAAGUUCCAAAAUUACAGGCGAGAUUCUCCAUACUAGCCCAGAGCUUCUUGAAGCUUCAUUUAGGUGUAAAAUUGCAAGAGAUAGCAAGUCUCUGGUUGACAGAGUCUUUACUAAGUCUCCAGAGGAGAUUAAUGAUCUAAUAAUUCAAAUGCUGAAAGAGGGAAGAGACUUUUCUGGAGAACAGGAUUUUUGGAGCUUUGUGGACAAGCAUAGCUUUGUACCUGGAGCAGAGCUUGCCCUCGCCAGAGAUGAUGAAAGUCUUCGAAAAGAAAUUCCAUCUGAGGAUCCGGAGUAUGUAGUAAAGCUUUAUGAAGGCCUAGAUCCCAGUGGUCCUUUAUACCAAAAUAAUACAUACAUUCAAGGCGUGGAAAACUUGGUCAGAAUUGGAAAAAUACUCAAUAGCGAGUGGGAGAAUAUUUACGUGAGGCAACUUGAUGAUGAGGAAGGCUAUCAUACAACUAUGAUAAAAAUCAAAAAUCCAUUUGUGAUUCCCGGAGAUAGAUUUAAGGAGGCCUAUUAUUGGGACAGCUAUUGGGUUAUAGAGGGCCUGGUUAGAAACGGAAUGGGAAAAGUUGCCAAGGAUAUGGUUGAGAACUUUAUACUCCUAAUAGAGAAGUACGGAUUUAUUCCAAAUGGGCUUAGGAAGUACUAUCUGAACAGAAGCCAGCCUCCAUAUUUUCCCCAGAUGCUUCUUACAAUUUAUAGACAUCUUCCAUGGAAAGACGUGGAAGAAAUAAUAAGAAGAGGACUAAAUGCAGCAGUUACCGAAUAUGAGUUUUUCAUGAGAGAAAAGUCAGAAAGUAUCGUAAAGGAUGGGAAAACAUACGUCCUCAAUGUCUACAAGGUCGGUGAUUGCACACCAAGGGCAGAAUCCUACAGUGAAGAUAGAAUAACGGCUGAGGAAAACAAGGCUAGGGCAGAAAAAUAUAGAAGAAGAAGUGGAGACAUUUAUUCAGAACUCAAGGCUGGUGCAGAAUCUGGGUGGGACUUCUCAUCCAGGUGGCUGGGCAUCCAUGGCCAUCUUGAUUCUAUAAGAACCUCCAAAAGGGUUCCUGCAGAUCUAAAUGCGAUGAUGUACGCUAACGAAUGUAUAAUUUCAAAGCUGUAUGAAAUAAUUGAGGGUAAAGAGUCAAAAAAUUCACAAGAUUUUAAAAGGAAAAGCGAAGAGAGAGUUGAUGCAAUUAAUAGUGUUUUAUGGUGCGAUCGAGAGGGGGUAUGGAACGAUUAUGAUCUAGAAACAGGGGAGCACACAUCAUCCGGAUUCUACGCUUCAAAUUUAAUGCCGAUGUGCUAUGGAAUUAGUCCUCCAAAAGAUAAAGGUGUAACUGUCUAUAGUAUUCUGAAUAUGUUUGUAGAGGAUAUGUUUGGGCAUUCCGGAGGAAUGCCGGUGAGUGGGGCUAAAAAUAAGAACAGUACCUUACAAUGGGACUAUCCAAAUGUAUGGCCUCCACUUGUGCAUGUGGUAACACUAUUUUUAGAGAGGAUAGGUGAGCGUGAAAUGGCAUUGCACAUGGCUAGGUCUCUUGUUCAAAACAUAUCCAUUUCUACUUCCGUUACUGAUGAAGAAAAGAGGGGUAUUUUCGAGAAAUACAGUUGUGAAAAUCCUGGGAGUCCCGGAUACAAGGGAGAGUAUACAGCGCAAAGGGGAUUCGGGUGGACUAAUGGCGCUGUUAUUCAUUUCAUAGACACUUUUGGCUUAGAGUUAGUUGCCAACAAAACCCAUGAAGAGUCAUACAAAUCUAUCAGAGCCUUUCUAGCAACGAAAGCUGCUAGUGAAGAGGUUCCUGAAAAGCACACACCGGAAAGCUGCCUUCUUUUGGAUUUCUAG